CCGGCGGAGGCUGGGUGUCGCCUGACCGGAUGAUGACAGAAGUUUUCGGUUUACAGUUUGUACUUUUAUCGCGCAGCCUCUGAGAUAAUUAGCUCCGCGGGGCUCUGCGCGCAGGUCUCGGGACUCUUAACUCGCUGAAACAAACCCACGGAGACGGUGGCGGACUGCGGGGGACACCUGGGGACUUUUGGUUUGGAGGGACACCGCUCAGCUCGUCUUUGACCGGCGGUUGCAGAGCAGCGUUAGAGCCUUCUGGGCUGAGCGAGGAGCCGCUAUGGGAAACCGCGGGAUGGAAGACCUGAUUCCCCUUAUCAACAAACUCCAGGACGCCUUCAGCACCAUCGGCCAGACGUGCAACUUGGACCUGCCGCAGAUCGCGGUCGUCGGCGGCCAAAGCGCAGGGAAGAGCUCCGUGCUGGAGAACUUCGUCGGGAGGGACUUCUUGCCCAGAGGGUCUGGCAUCGUCACCCGUCGUCCUCUCAUCCUCCAGCUGGUCAACAGUAAAGUCGAGUACGCCGAGUUCCUGCAUUGUAAGGGACGCAAGUUUGUGGACUUCGACGAGGUCCGCCUGGAGAUCGAAGCAGAGACCGACCGGAUCACCGGGUCCAACAAGGGCAUCUCCUCCAUCCCCAUCAACCUGCGUGUUUACUCUCCCAAUGUGCUGAACCUGACCCUGAUCGACCUGCCGGGGAUGACCAAAGUUGCCGUGGGAGACCAGCCGCAGGACAUCGAGCACCAGAUCAGGGAAAUGCUGAUGCAGUUCAUCACCAAGGAGAGCUGCCUGAUCCUGGCCGUCACCCCGGCCAACACUGACCUAGCCAACUCCGACGCCCUCAAGAUCUCCAAGGAGGUGGACCCUCAGGGUCUGAGGACCAUUGGUGUGAUCACCAAGCUGGACCUGAUGGAUGAAGGGACGGACGCACGAGACAUCCUGGAAAACAAACUACUGCCGCUCCGCAGAGGUUACAUCGGGGUGGUGAACCGCAGUCAGAAGGACAUCGAUGGGAAGAAGGACAUUCGCGCUGCUUUGGCCGCUGAGAGGAAGUUCUUCCUGUCCCACCCGGGGUACAGACACAUCGCAGAACGCAUGGGCACACCACACCUGCAGAAAACGCUCAACCAGCAACUUACCAACCACAUUCGUGACACGUUGCCAGGGUUACGCAGUAAGCUGCAAAGCCAGGUGUUGUCCCUGGAGAAAGAGGUGGAGGAGUACAAGAACUUCCGCCCUGACGACCCCACACGCAAGACCAAGGCCUUGCUCCAGAUGGUGCAGCAGUUUGGCGUGGACUUUGAGAAGUGCAUCGAGGGAUCUGGGGAUCAGGUGGACACCUCCAACUUGUCAGGUGGAGCAAAGAUCAACCGCAUCUUCCAUGAGCGCUUCCCGUUUGAGCUAGUGAAGAUGGAGUUUGAUGAGAAGGAGCUGAGGAGAGAGAUCAGUUAUGCCAUCAAGAACAUUCAUGGAGUCAGGACAGGCCUGUUCACCCCAGACUUGGCGUUUGAGGCCAUAGUGAAAAAGCAGAUCAUUAAGCUGAAAGAGCCCUGUCUGAAAUGCAUCGACCUGGUCAUCCAGGAGCUGAUCAACACAUUCAGACAGUGCACUAAUAAGCUGGGAUCGUACCCUCGACUGAGAGAAGAGACAGAGAGGAUCGUCACCACCUACGUCAGAGAGAGGGACAGCAAGACCAAAGACCAGGUGCUGCUGUUGAUUGACAUUGAGCUCUCUUACAUCAACACUAAUCAUGAGGACUUCAUUGGAUUUGCAAAUGCUCAGCAAAGGACGGCUGCUAACGCCACCAAGAAGAGAGUCAUGCCCAAUCAGGUGAUCCGCAGAGGCUGGCUCACUAUCAACAUCAGUAUCAUGAAGGGGGGAUCCAAGGACUACUGGUUUGUUCUGACUGCUGAGUCUCUCUCCUGGUACAAGGAUGAGGAGGAGAAAGAGAAGAAGUACAUGCUGCCUCUCGACAACCUGAAACUGAGAGAUGUGGAGAAGGGCUUCAUGUCCAGCAAGCAUGUCUUUGCCAUCUUUAAUACUGAGCAGAGAAAUGUGUAUAAGGACCUGCGUCAGAUUGAGCUGGCAUGUGACACUCAGGAGGAUGUUGACAGCUGGAAGGCUUCGUUCCUCAGAGCUGGUGUUUACCCGGAGAAAGACCAGCCUGAGAGCGAAGACGCGAUGAAUCCUAGCGACACCGUGUCCAUGGACCCGCAGCUGGAGCGGCAGGUGGAGACCAUCCGCAACCUGGUGGACUCGUACAUCGGCAUCGUCAACAAGUCCAUCAGAGACCUCAUGCCCAAGACCAUCAUGCACCUCAUGAUCAACAGUGCGAAGGACUUCAUCCACUCCGAGCUGCUGGCCUACCUGUACUCGGCCGGGGACCAGGGCAGUUUGAUGGAGGAGUCGCCGGAGCAGGCUCAGAGGAGAGAUGAGAUGCUGAGGAUGUAUCACGCCCUGAAAGAGGCUCUGGUCCUCAUAGGAGACAUCACAACCACCACUAUUUCUACUCCAGUGCCUCCGCCAGUAGACGACCACUGGAUUGCCAAGGACCCAAGUCCUCCACCGGCGUCACGCCCCGCCCCGGCGACAGCGGUCCCUCCCAGCCGACCCCCAGGGGUGAGGGGGCCCACCCCGGGCCCUCCACCCCCUCUCAACCCCUCACCGGCCUUCGGGGUUCCGCCCGUGCCGUCGCGACCACCGGGCCAAGCGGCCUACGCCGGCGAUCCCAACUCCGGUGUCACGCCUCUUGUCCCUUCCAGGCCGGCCCGUGUGCCUCCUGCACUGCCGCCCGGGAUUCCCAGCAGAAGACCUCCGGCUGCUCCCAGCCGACCCACUGUCAUGCGUCCUUCAGAGCCCUCCCUGCUUGACUAGAAACGCACACAUUUAUGAAAUCUUUCUUUUUGUUUACACUUUUAUAUUUCUCCAGAGUGAUCAUUCAUGAAUAUUCCUACGAAUACAAACUUUGUCCUACUGUGUAAUCUGAUGCUGUUUGUCUGUGCAUUUCAGAAACAUAGAUGUACUUUAGACUUCAUGUUUAGGUUUCUGCAUUCAACAUUAUGAAAAGGGAUAAAUUUGAUGAUUUUAUUGACUUAAGGAUUAUGAACCAGUGAGUCAUCUUCUGCUGUGUCAUUGGAAAUGAGAUGUUCCUUAAAAUUAUUCAUAACUUUUACAUCAUUUUAAGAAAACUAUUUUAGAGGGUAAUUUUUGUGAGUUGUAUACUUGCUAACGUUAUGUCAAUAAUCUCACACACUAAGCACCUCGUUAAGGAAGUAGCUUUUUUCGAUAAAGUCUUUUCUCUCUUCAUUGUUGGUUGAUUUUCAAAGCCUUCAAAUGAGCUCAUUAAAUUCAGACUGACCAAUGUAAUUUGUAUGUUUCAAUAUAUUUGAGACGGAGGACGACAGGUGUCUUCUGGUGUAUUACUUAUGCAGUAGUUCAGUCCUGACAGUUUCAUACAGCCACUGCUCAUUCUUAAAUAAAUAGUGAUCAGAAAAAAAUAGAUUUACUCCUUAAGCCAUAUUCAAAAAAGCCUCCUGAAGGUGGAUGAAGUGAUGGACUGAAUAAAGGAAUAGAAAGAGAAAUCCUCA